AUGUAUCUGCUUCCUGCUGCUGCACCUGUAGAGGUCGCUCCUGAAGUUCCUGCAGUCACACCUGCAGAGGUCGCUCCUGAAGUUCCUGAUGCUGUUCCUGUAGAGACAACUCCUGACACAGCUGUGGUUGCAACUACUGAGGUUCCUGCAGCCACAGCUGGGGAUGCAACUCCUGAAGUUGUUAAUGUACCUGUGGAGGUAGAGCCUGAAGUUCCUGCAGUCACACCCGCAGAGGUCGCUCCUGAAGUUCCUGCAGUCACACCUACAGAGGUAGCUCCUGAAGUUCCUGCAGCCACACCUGCAGAGGUAGCUCCUGAAGUUCCUGCAGUCACACCUGCAAUGGUCGCUCUUGAAGUUCCUGCAGUCACAGCUGUGGAUGCAGCCCCUGAAGUUCCUGGAGUCACAGCUGUAGAUGCAGCCCCUCAAUUUCCUGUAGACCAGGGGUUUUCAACUGAUUGGGAACCAGGGACCAUCAUUCUGACUAAUUACUUAACACCAGGACCACCACUGAAUAAAAAUACUGAUUCCCACAUUGCAACUAUAUUACUAAAUCCAUGGCCAGGGACCACCAGCAAUGUCAUCACAGACCAGAAGUGGGCCGCAGACCACUGGUUGAAAACCCCUGCUGUAAACACAGAUGCAGAGUCAGCUCCAGAAGUUCCUGAUGUUGUUCCUGUAGAGACAACUCCUGACACAGCUGUGGUUGCAACUGCUGAAGUUCCUGCAGCCACAGCUGGGGAUGCAGCUCCUGAAGUUGCUGAAGCACAUGUGGAGGUAGCUCCUGAAGUUCCUGCAAUCACACCUGCAGAGGUCGCUCCUGAAGUUCCUACAGUCACACCCGCAGAGGUCGCUUCUAAAGUUCUUGCUGUCUCAGCUGCUGAGGUUCCUGCUAUUACACCAGUGGAGGAAGCUCCUGAGGUUCCUGUAGAGGUAUCAUCUGAGGCUGUUGUGGAAACUCCUGUCACUGCAGAUGCCGAGGCAUUGGUUGAAACAUCUCAAGAUGCACCUUUAGAAGCAGUAGCUAAAAUCGCUCCUGUGAAGGUGGUAGCCACAGUUACUGAAACAUCUGCAAUUGCAAAUGUAGUGGUCGUAUCUGAAGAAUUUGCAGAUGAAACUGUAGAGGCCAUACUUGAAACCUCUGCUGCAGCAGACAAAACUCUUGAAGAAGCACCUGAAAAGUCAAUAGUUGAAUCACAAGUGGUGGCACCUACAAAGCUAGCAGCUGAAACACCUGAGAAAGCACCUGUAGAGCCAGCAGCUGAAACACCUGAAGAAGGAACGGUAGAGUCAGUGAUUGCAACACCUGAAGAAGCCCUAGUAGUGUCUGUGACUGCAACACCUGAGGAAGCACCUAUAGAGGCAGUGAUUGCAACACCUGAAGAAGUACCUGUAGAGUCCGUGGCUGCAACACCUGAAAAAGCACAUGCACAGUCUGUGAUUACAACACCUGAACAAGUACCUGUAUACUCAGUAUACUCAGUAGCUGAAACACCCAAAGCUGCAUCUGUUGAGGUGGUUACACCAACAGAGGCCAUUGACAAAGCCCCUGAGGCUGCUCCUGAAGAGGCUGUGGCUAAAACCGCUCCCGUAGAAGUAACAGCACACACACCCGAGGCUGUCUCUGUGGAGGCUGCAGUCGCAUCUGUUGAGGUUGCUGAGGUGUCUGUCGCACCUGUGCUGGAGGAAACGGUGGAGUCACUGACCGAAGGAGACGCAGGCCAGGCAGAGAGCACAGAUGCCCCAGCCACAACGGUUCCUGUAGCGACAUCAGACGAACCUGCCACCGACGCCUCUGAUGAAGUUAAAGAGCCUGCUGUGAGCUCAGAUGAGACACUACCAACUGAAAAUGAAGAAGUUUCAGUGGACGCACCUGAAUCAGAAGCACUCAUAACACCCGCAGAGCAACCUGUUGUAGAAACAGCUCUGAACCAAGAAAAUGUCAUCAAAUUGUCUGAGGCUUUGUGA